ACUUUCGUUCUUAUCGUAGCAUAGCAUAUGAUAGUCUAAUCGUCUCGCAAUAAACUGCUUCUAUUGUAUUAGACGUGAGCACUGCUUUUGGAAACUCCAAGAAAGUAAAUAGUUGCAAUUCAAACAGCAUGUUCUCUUCGGUAGUAAGAAGGAGCUUGCAUCGCAGUUGUAAGCUGUUGGGGAAGAAUAAUUCCGCAAUGCAGUUCACAUACAAACCAGUGGGUGCUGAUCGUCACAAGGAAGUCUUGAGGCACUUGCAGACUUUUUUCUAUAAAGACGAACCUCUUUCGAAAGCGGCUAAAUUAUCAACUCCGGAAGGUGAUAAUCCUGAUUUGGAGGCGUACAUACUUUCAUCGCUUGAGGAGAAUUUAAGCAUUAUAGCAGUUACCGAGGAUGAUAAGAUCGCCGGUGUAAUGCUGAAUGGUUACUUCCGAAAAGGUGAUAAAGAACAAUACGAUGAAAAGGUAGCCGAAUGUAAAACAGAAAAUUUUAGAAAAAUCUGUCGACUUCUUUGCAACGUGAACGUUCCAAUUGACUUAUUCUCGAAGUUUUCCGUUGACACUAUCUUUGAUGCUCGUAUUGUAUCGGUCGAUUCCAAAUAUCGUCAACAUAAACUCGGAUGGGAGCUGUUGAGAAGAGCCGAGCUUCUAGCCAAGGAGAAGAAUAUUAAGGUGGCGAAAGCUGAAGCGACAGGAGCAUUUUCUCAAAGAAUAUUUCAAAAAUUGGGAUUCCAAGAAAUUAACGAAAUCGUGUAUGACAAGUAUCUUGAUAAGACUGGGAAACCAGUACUGAAAGUUGAGCCACCACAUACAAGUGUUAAGUUAAUGUACAAAGUUUUGAAUUGAUAUUGAAUAAAUGUUUUAUAUUUAAAAUA